AUGUCUUUCUCAAACAAACUAUCAUUGGUUUUAUUACUUUCUUCUUUUCUCAUCCAUGCAUCUUUUGCUGAGAUGAUAUGCGAGGAGUUACCGAAAGAAGUGUGUAGUUUCUCAAUAGCUUCAUCUGGGAAGAGGUGUUUGUUGGAGACAGAAAAAGGAGUGAAAGGUGAAAUUGAAUAUGAAUGCAGAACAUCGGAAGUUGUGGUGGAGAGAAUCUCAGAGUACAUAGAGACAGACCAAUGUGUUGAAGCAUGUGGUGUUGAUAGAACUUCUGUUGGUAUUUCAUCUGAUGCUUUCUUUGAGCCACACUUCACUGCCAAACUUUGCUCACCAUCUUGCUACCAAAAGUGUCCCAAUAUUGUUGAUCUUUUCUUCAAUUUGGCUGCGGGAGAGGGAGUGUUUUUGCCGGAACUAUGUGAGAAACACAGGAGCAACCCUCGUCGUGCUAUGGUUGAGCUUGUGAGUUCUGGAGCUGCAUUUGGACCCGUUUCUGCUCUUUCAGAAGACAUUGUGGUGGCACCUGCACCUUCUCCUCUUUGA